AAAAAGAACUUUGCCUUUAAUUCACCUGACGUGACCACACCUGGGCCGAACUUCCGGCGGACUCACAACAACAACAGAGAAGAAGAACUCGAGAGGAAGAGGAGGAAGAAGAGGAAAGAAUCAGAAUUAAAGUACAAAAGAUAUAAAACAGAGAGAGAGAGAGAGAGAGAGAGAGAGAGAGAGAGGAAGGACAGGUGAGAGAGGACAGGUGAGAGAGCACAGAUCAUCAUGUCUCUGCUGGUGGACGUCCAGGAUCCAGCAGGAAGUCUGAAGAAGGAGGACGGCAUGGGGCUGGAGGAUGGCAUGGAGUCUGGCGUGGAGUCUGGUGCGAUGGAGCCUAGCACCAUGGAGCCCAGCACCAUGCCGUGGCCCGACCACAGAAAGAUGGGUAAAGGUGACAGGCUGAGCAUUAAGUCGGACGCCUCACUCCGUGAGGCGGUCAGCUGGACGGAGAGUGAGAGAGAGCUGAUGGUGGAGAGAGAGGAGAAGGUGGGGAAUGGUGGUGGGGGUAAAGAGGAAGGGGCGGGGUCUAGAGCACACCUGGAGGAUGAGGAGGAGGAGCCUUCAGAAAACCACCUGCCAGAGAAAGCGGCUCAAGUGUUCAACCCUGCAGUGACGGUCCUCAACUCGCCAUCCUCACCGCGAGAGAGCGAGGCUUUCUGGGAGAUGGGGUCAGAGAAGAGCCCCUUCAUUUCUCCCCGAGGAGACCCCAAUGACUUCGACAACCAUGGCUACCUGUACGAGUGGAGCGAGGAAAGGCCCCCUGGAAAAUGUGGGUGUGGCCAAGGCUGUUCCAGCAGGGAUACCUUGAAAAUUGGCGUGUCUCUGAUGACAUCAGCACUCUUUUUUCCCCUCCUGGUAUGGGGCGGUUACGUCUUCCUGCCCUUUGAUGCCCCCCUGCUCGACGGCGCCCCCCUCAGGCUGGUCUACACGCUCAGGUGUUCUGUCUUCGCCGCCGUCCCCAUAGUCCUCGGUUGGCUUGUCCUCGGGAUCAGCCGCCUCAGGUCUGCUGCGCUUGGUCCUUUCUAUGACAGUGAGGAGAAGGAGGCAGGGUUUCAGGAGGUCACUGUCCAUCGGCGGUUUAUUUCUGACUCUGCCUCCUUGUUCCUCAUCUACUUCGUGCAGCUGGUUGUCAUGGCGAUGUAUCUGAGCCAGGAGCAGCUUAAGCUGGUUCCCCUGCUGACCGUGGUCUUCGCUCUUGGACGGUUGGUGUACUGGGUAGCUGCAGCAUUCGGUAGCAGUGUUCGUGGUUUCGGUUUUGGUCUGUCCUUCCUGCCGAGUGUCGCCAUGAUGGUCGCCAACAUCUACUUCAUGUUCUCAGUGGAGGCGGGCGGGUCCAUCUUCAGCGUUCCGCCCCCUCCUGAGGAGGUGCUGCCUCCACCUGGCAGACAGAGGUUCUGGGGCUGAGCUGAUCAAUAAUCAAUAAUCCUCCCUUCAGGGGUGAUUAGAUCUGUUUUUAUGCUCUGAGAUAAGAUAAUCCUUAUAUGUUCGUAUGAUUUAAAGGUUCCGGUUUACUUCUGUUCUGUUUACUCUCCAGUCACCACGUCUGUUUUUAUACUUUAUUUUGUAGUUUUAUAAUCAACAAGUAUUUAAAUGCUCUCUUAUUUUAAUAAAGAAACAUAAAACUCA